AUGGCGAAAGCUGAAGAGAAUCGUCAAAAAAGCAUUAAUGAAAUUGUGAAAAAGGCCCGUGAAGAUGAUGUUAAGGUGAUGGAAGUUCAGUUCAUCAAUACUGUGGAAGCAGCGAACAUGCGGCACUCUGUAAUGACACGAUGUCAGGAGUGGGAGCAACGCGCACAGACAAUUGCCAGCGAGCGAGCUAAAAAAAGCGAAGAGAAAGCUGCCAAGGAAGCGGCCGCCGAAGAACGUCGGAAAACUGCCGAAACUCAACGGAUAGAAAAGAUACGAGAAAAAUUUGAAAAGAAGGAAUUACUCGAUGCUCAACGUAGCGAACAGGAAAGAGAGCGAACUGAAGCUGCCAGGGAAAGGCAAAAGCAGCUGAUUGAACGGGUUGCUGAGAAGAAAGCCACUGAAGCUGUGGAAAGUGAAAAAUUAUUGAAGAAAAUUCAAAAAAAGUCAAUCCUUGUUAGAGUGCAUUAA